CCGCAGGCCGCGUCGGACUGUAAACAUGGUGACACCGCAGCAGUGGGGGAGCGAGAAGCGCAGCUGCAAAAUCUUCUCAUAAAAAUCAGUAAAAAUCAUUAAAAUCCCUUUUUUUUCUGUCUGAUUUCUGAUUAUAAUCGGAUUAUUCUCCGCGCGGGGGGAGGAGACAGGGCUCAGACUGAUGGCAGCAGCUCUCAGUUUGUGAGAAAAAAAGGUGAGCUUCUAGCCAGUCUAAAGCUCCGCCCACUCGGUCAGGAUGAGCCGGGACACGCCCAUCCACAGCUGGUCCGGGUCGUACUACGUAAAUGGAGAGAAGCGUUGGGUGAGUGGUCAGCUGACCCUGACCCGUACGGCGGUGCGCUUCACCGCGGAGCCGAGCGGUGGCACCGGGGGCGGGGCCGGGGUUGGGGGCGUCGCCCUGGCCUCGUUUCCCCUGUCUCGCAUCGUGGAGAUAAAGAUGGAGUCGUCCAGCUUCAUCUUCAGCGCCCUGACGGUUCUGGAGCACGGCAACGUGAAGCACUGGUUCGGCUCGCUGCGACCGUGCCGCGCCGCCGUCUACCACGUACUGGAGCACUUCUGGAGGGAGCGGCUGCUGUCGCCCGGCGAUGCUCCGCCCCCGGCGCCGCUCAGCAAGGGGCAGGAGCUCAUCGGCCUGGUGUCCGGCGCCCAGCGCCGCUUGGCCGACACCGGCAGAGUCCUCGACCACCAGGGGGAGCAGUUCGACAACAUGAUGCAGGGCCUUGACAAGAUCGAGUCCGACCUGGGCGUGGCCGACAAGCUGCUGUCGGAGCUGGAGUCGCCCCCCUGGUGGCCGUUCGGUAAACUGCCGUGGCGGAGUCAGCAGGAGGCGAAGACGGCAGCGGUGGCAGCAGCUAAAGCCCCGCCCCCCGGAGGCGGGGCUAAGGGUCAGAGGGUGAUCAGCAGCGUGCCGGCGGUGGUGUGGCGGGGGGAGGCGGCGGCGGAGAUGAGGCCGGGGUCCCUCAGCCUGACGCCCUCCUGCAUGGAGCUGCGAGACGCCGGCGGGCGGCUGAUCCACCGCUUCCUGAGGGAGGAAGUGGACGACGUCCGCGUUCACAACCCGUACCAGAUCAGCGUCCGCCAGCGCUUCAUCGGAAAACCCGACGUCUGCUUCCGCAUCAUCUCCGCCAAGAUGGCCGAGGCCCUGUCCGUGCUGGAGGUGCAGUACAAGAAGAAGGUGGAGCUCACCGGAGAAUACUCCACCUUUCAGGCCACGCCCAGCACCACGCCCGGCAGCACAGACAGCGCCACCUCCCUGUGGGGAGCAGGUGCCCACGGCUCAGAUACGGAGGUGCCCGUGGAGGUGCCCGUGGAGGUGCCCGCCGGAGACCUGACCCAGCUUCAGCUCCACGUCCUGCAGCCCACCGUCACCGAGGCCGAGGCCCAGGAGCUCAAACAGAUGCUGCUGCAGUUAAAGUCUCUGGCGCUGGAGGCGGAGACGGAGUUGGAGAGACAGGAUGAAGCUCUGGAUGUUUUAGCGUCGUCCAGCGACCGCGCCACCAUGAGCAUCGACAAACACACCCGCCGAAUGAGGAAACUACUGUAACACACGCCCCCUCGUUCCCAUAGCAACGGUUCAUCUACAAACUCCGCCUCUUCCUGUCCAGUCUGGACCCACUUCCUGCUCGACAAACUGCAUGGCACGGUGUACUCCCCACUCAGAGUGCCCCCUACUGGCCGAGACGUGUAAUAACAUAUAAAGGGAAAUCUGCCUCUGAUUAAAAAAAACAAAUAAACUCCGCCCCCAUGGGCCCGGUCUCACUCCAUUUGCAUAAUUUGCAUAAUCGUGUGUAUGUUCUGUGUGUGUAUGAUCAUGACAUUUCCAGAUGUUUCCUGUAAACCUGCACAGCUGUAUUUAUUGGUAUGAUGAUGUUUGUACAGAAUCGAGUGUAUAAUAAUAAACUCGUCAACGUCUG